UCUGCUGGUUCAGGUCGCAGUGGUUACCUCGGUACAUGUGUUAGUCGUCUCUUGUUAUUUGGACUUUAUUUAGUUGAUAUUCUCAGUGUAAAGUUGCAGUAGCUGUCAGGUUGAUGGCUGUGUGUGGAAGGACGCAGUUCUCAGUCCUGGUGCGCUGUUUCAGAAGAACACCGUCCACAAACAUCAGGAGGAUUCUGCAACCGAACCAGCACCUACGAUCCACCGCUCCUCAUGCCAGAGACACACACCGGUGGUCGGCGAGUCCUGCACUGAAUAAGAACCCUGGAUUUAUCUGGGCUACACAACACAGAGCUCUGAGUUCAGAUAUCCCGUUCAAAGAGGACGAGUACCCGCCCCUCCCAGACUACAACCCUGAUCAGGAGAGUCAGCAGAAGGAAGUCUUCAUCGUCCGUGUUAAGGGUCUGCCGUGGUCCUGCGGCGCCGAGGACCUGAUGCGGUUCUUCUCUGAGUGUCGGAUCCGUGGAGGCGCGAACGGGAUCCAUCUGAUGCAUCACAGGAACGGGAAGCCGAACGGGCAGGCCUUCGUGGAGAUGGAGCACGAGGAGGACGUCAGCAAGGCUUUGGAGAUGCACAGGCAGUAUCUGGGACCUCGCUAUGUAGAAGUCUACGAAGUGACCAAUAAGGACGCAGAGUCCAUACUAAAAGGCACAGACGACAGCCCGACCACAGACGGUGUGGUCCGGCUCCGAGGUCUCCCGUUCAACUGCACAGAGGAGCAGGUGAUUCAGUUUUUCUCAGGGCUGGACGUCGUGAAGGACGGGGUCACGCUGGUGACGGAUCGCUUGGGCAGAAGUUCAGGCGACGCGUUCGUGCAGUUUGCAUCUCGGGAGAUGGCUGGCGAGGCGCUCAAGAAGGACAGAGAGGUUAUCGGAAACAGGUACAUCGAGGUAUUUCCAAGCAAGAAGAGCGAGAUUCAGACCCAGUACGGUCGAGGGAGGGGAGACGAUUCAAACACAGCAUGCCGCCCACAAAGGACCGGCACUCUCUCUCUUCCCGCUAAUUACAUUCACAUGAGAGGUCUACCCUAUCACGCCACAGCUGAAGACGUCAUAAACUUUUUCCACCCUAUCAGAGUGGCAAAGGUUCUGAUAGAGUUCGGGCCUGACGGGAGACCCUGCGGUGAAGCAGAGGCACAUUUUACCACACACCAGGAUGCCGUGGCGGCGAUGACGAAAGACAAGCAGCAUAUCCAGGACAGAUACAUCGAGCUGUUCUUGAAUUCUGCAUGAAAGGAGCACUUCAAAUGUGGACGACCGGGAUCUUUCCAAAGCAUUGUUUUUGCAAUAUUUAUUUGAGAUAAAUGUGGAAUUGUCAUUAAAGCUGCUCGUUUAUGGAGAA